CCACGCAACACCCACCACUUUCUCUCUUCACACUCUUUUCAACAACAACAAAAAACACUCUACUACUACUACUACUUAGCUCCUCUCUCUCUCUCUCUCUCUCUCUCAUGUCCACAGCAGAUCCACCGUCUUCCACCACCACCACCGUCACCGGCGUUGGUCUCGGCUACGGCAUCGCAAUUGCCGUAAGCAUCCUCGUUCUCAUCUCCACCAUCAUGCUAGCAUCUUACUUCUGCGUCCGCAUAAAAGCCCACGGCCGCCGCGGCACCUUCCAUUUCCACACCGACAUCGAAAACAUCCGUCGUGAAAAUAACAUCAACAACUCGACCCAGCCCGGCCCGUUUAUUUUGGGCCUAGAAAAGCCCAUGAUUGAAGCAUAUCCGAAGAUUAUUAUUGGAGAGAGCAGACGGUUGCCUAAGCCCAACGAAGGCCCGUGUGCUAUUUGCUUGUCGGAUUAUCUUCCAAAGGAAACGAUACGGUGCGUUCCGGAUUGUCAACAUUGUUUCCACGUGGAGUGUGUUGAUGAGUGGCUUCGGAUGAGUGCCACGUGUCCUUUGUGUCGGAAUUCUCCUGCUCCGUCGCCGAUUCCUACGCCGUUGUCGGAGCUUGUUCCUCUGGCAUUUCACGCUAGGUGAUUCUUCAUUUUGUACCCAAAAAUUGUAGCUUUUUAUUUUUUAUAUAAACCAAUACUCCGACGUACGAAAAUUCAAAAUUCGUUCAUAUUAAAAUAAUUUACUAUUGUUUCCUAA